AUGGCUGAUCGAGAGCAACCCUACGACCCCUACAUCCCCUCGGGGGGACAAGGAGGCGCACCGCCCGCCGGGGGAAAUCAGAGAACGGCUGCUCUGCAAGCGCAAAUCGAUGACACUGUCGGGGUUAUGCGAGAAAACAUCAACAAGGUAUCACAGAGAGGCGAAAGAUUAGAUUCCUUGCAAGAUAAAACCGACAAUUUGGCGGUCUCGGCGCAAGGUUUCAGAAGAGGCGCCAACCGCGUCCGGAAACAGAUGUGGUGGAAGGAUAUGAAGAUGCGCAUGUGCUUGAUCGUCGGCAUCAUUGUCCUGCUCAUUGUCAUCAUCGUCCCGGCUGGUAAGUUUCUAGCGACCUCGGACGAAGCCAAUAAUGCUAACACCUGCACAGUGGUCGCUACCCGACACUAG